UGUACGGCGGCCAAGAUGGUGGACAAUUUCGAAAACAGAGGUUAAAUGUGGAAAAAACUGAUCAGCUACAUCAAACUGUCUUCUUAUUUGCCAAACAACAACCAUAGAUAGACUCAAUAAAUAAAUAUAGUACCAUAUUAGAAAAUCUCAAUUGGAUUGACAGUUCCAUUUAAAAGAAACAAUCAGGAUGGAUAUAGAUCAAGAACUGCAAGCUCAAAGCAAGUUAUUGUUACAGAAAUUAAAAGCUCGACAAGGAAAAUUACAAAAAACCUUGAAAAAUCAGAAUAAUUAUUCGAAAAGUUCUGAGGAUGAUAGUCGUGAACUAGAAACAUCAACAACUGCUCUAAAACAAAGCUUGAUCCAAAGUGCCAAAGCAAGAGAAAGGUUAGCAAAAUAUAAAGUAGUCAGCAGGGAAAAUUCUCAAGAAUCUAUCAAUGGUGACAAAAACAUGGACCAGACUUAUAAGAAAGCUGAAAUGAAUAAUAAAAGUAUUUUAUAUAGAAAAAGUCUUGUUUCUGGUACAACAGACAAUAACUAUGCAUCUGAAACAAAUGGUGAUUUAGAUGAAAGUGAUGAUACUCCCCUGAAGGCAUUUGUACAAGCAGCUGAUAACUAUCAGCCCAAAUCAGCAACAAUUAGAAAUAGGGAAACAUCCAGUAAGCCAGAGACUCCCAUUGUGACGAGAAGACGGAAAAUUAUUGACCAAAAUGUCAAGGUGGACUCUACUUUAAAUGAUAGUGAACUUUACAGAGAUGAUCCAACAAGACUCAACUUUAGCUAUUCUAAAUUUAACGAUAGUGACUUGGCUUAUUUACAAUCUAAACUUCAGGCUUCUCCAGAAGAAGUUUUGGGUACAGGGAAGGAAAACUUUGAUGGUGCUAUAUCAGAUGAGGAGUGUGCUAUUAAGUUGAGGUACAAAAGUAGACUGGUAGAUGCAGGAAAUGAUAGAAAAGUGGCAGCAAUUGCUAGGGAAGCUGAAAAACCAAAAUCAAUAUUAACUAAUGGACCAGGACAACUGAAAAAGAAUUUAAGCAAAGUGAGUUUUUUGUCAUCCAAAGAUGGUUCUAUCAGUAGAGAGAGUUUUGGCCAACUUCAUGACCGCCAUCUGCUUGGUUACGACUGGAUAUCAGGAUUGUUAGACAAUGAUAGGGAAGCUAUGGAUCAUUCAGAGGGCUACUUUGAGGAACUAAGAGAAUUUCGUAGAAUUAACAGACAAGAAUGUUGCAAUGAUUUUUACAAUCAAUCCCCAGAUUCAUUAUUUGAGUUAAAACAGCGUGAACCAUCACCUAUAGAUGAAGCUCUAGCAGAAACAAAAGUAAAGCCCUACCAAGUGAAUGAUAGACUUUUUACAGAACCAAUCAAAGAUCAUUUGUUUCCUGGCCAUGAAGAAGUUGAGGGUGAACAUCCUCACCAUAGUAAAAAGAAACCAACAUAUGAACAACCAAGAUUUGUCAGGGUCAGUAUACCAAGGUCAACAUUGAUGUCACCACACCGUGUCAAACCACAAAGGAGGAGUCAGUAUGAACCUUCGGAUUCAAUGGCUUUGUCAAAGCAUUGUGUAAUGGGAUAUGAGAGUUCCAUCCCCUCCAUGGUACCUGCUGCUUCAAAUGUUGGUUUAAAGGAUGCAACAACAGGAGUCAAAUCUAAACUUCAGACGGUUUCAGAUGACUUUCAUACAACUGUUAUAAAGACAUUGGCUGAUGCGGAAAGAAUGGCUACAAGUUACCCAUUCCCUUACACAUCACAUAUGUCAAGCGUGAGAAAACCAACGAAAGAAAACACAGAUUUGUACAAGUCCUAUAUGGACAUGACCCUACCUAGCAGUAUGAAGUCUAACAUACCAGGGGUUGGUGAAGAAUCUGUAUUAUUGAAGAAAGCAACGGAAGAUCUUCUUAAUUCUACCUACUCAAUGAUGUAUGAACUUGAUAAAAUAAAACAGGAGAGAGAUUUUAAAGAUUCUAGAAGUCUAGGACGUGUAUAACAUGACUGAUAGGGAUAUUUAUUUUAUUUAUUAUUUUAAACUGACAUUAAAAAGUAGAUGUAUUUUAA